UUAAGUUUAAAUAGAUAACAAAAUAAUUAAAAUAUUAUAUAGUUUUUUAAUUUAUUAUAAUUUGAGUGCAUCAUAUUUUCAACGUUAUAUAUCUAACCUUUUUGUUAUUUUGAAAUCGUUUUCCAACUUCUAUUAAAUCAUGGCGAAAGUACAAUUAUGCAAUAUUAUUGUUAUGGAUAAUCCAAGCCCGUUUAAAAAUCCAUUUCAAUUUCAAAUUACUUUCGAGUGUAUAGAGGAAUUAAAAGAAGAUCUAGAAUGGAAAAUGAUUUACGUUGGAUCAGCCGAAUCGGAAGAGUAUGAUCAAAUUUUAGAUUCUGUUUACGUUGGACCAAUACCUGAAGGUCGACAUAUGUUUGUAUUUCAAGCAGAUCCACCAAAUGUUGAAAGAAUACCUGAAAAUGAUGCCAUUGGCGUUACUGUCGUACUAUUAACUUGUUCUUAUCGUGGACAAGAAUUUAUUCGCGUUGGCUAUUUUAUAAACAAUGAAUAUUCCGAUCCAGAAUUAAAAGAAAAUUUACCCAGCCCACCUCAAUUUGAUAAAGUGAUUAGAAAUAUAUUAGGAUCAGAGCCACGUGUUACACGAUUUAAAAUUAAUUGGGAUGAUACACCCAGUAAUGGUUUACCCGAACAUAGUGUCGAUGGUGCUAGUAUGGAUGCUACAAUUUCAACAUCAGUACAAGAGGAUUCAACAAGUACAAUUAUCAAAUCAACAAAUAAUGACAUGUUUAAUUUAAAUAAUGGUAGCAAUAAUGAAACAAACAAUAUUAGUUUAUUAAAUGAAAAUUCUAAUUCAUUAGCACAAAUGGAAUGUGCAUAAUAUUUUGUAUAUUUUUAUUUUAAAAAUAUAUCAGCCAUUAUUGAGUGAUGGUACAACUUAUUUUUCUCCAACCAGAAUUGUAUGUCUAUUUUUGUACGAUUGUUUCUUGAUUCAAGGGUAGUUAACUAUUAUUCAAUUAUUUACAUUUAAAGGGUAAGGAUGACACAGAGCGUCUUUUUUGAAUGCGUUGUUUCUAUCGCACGUUGAUUUAAACUUGCGUUUUUUUAAAAUACAUCUUGUUAAAAGAAGCUUUAACGUGCGUUGAAAUUUACGCUCAUGUAAAUAGCUCUUUUAAACAUCGUAUUACUAAGUAGCAUGUUGGACGCAUCGUACGGCCUUGGAGAUAAAGACUUAAAAAAAUUAAAUUAAAUUAUUUGGUCAAUUAUUGAAAAUAAUUUUGGUAUUUUUUUUCAACAUUAUGUUCACUUUAGUUAAUAGUAGGGGACUGGUGAUUAUUUCUUAUUUCGGUUAUGGUCACUAUGAUCAAUAAUAUGAGCAGAAAAGGGGAUUUCUCCUCAUCGCGUUUAUUAACAAAAUUAAAUUUCAAAAAUAUUAAAUUACUCUAUCUUGCAUCAUUAAGGAUUUUCUUAAUAUUUCAAAUCAUUUCAUCCUACAAACUUUUUGUUUUGAUUGUUCACGAGUUAAAAAAGACUAAAAAUUCUAUUUAAAAUCACUUUAUAAGUCUGCUUUUAAUUUAUUUUAAUUUUCAACAUACUAACAAAAUAUUUAUUAAUUAGACAAGCUUUAAAAUAGUAUUGUUGAGAAAUAUUGUUCCUAACUUACAUGGUUUGA